GCCCGCACGGAGUAGUACCGGAUCAACCCAUCCGCCACGAGAUCAUCCUCGAGGACGGGGCCGUACCUCCGCGCGGUUGCAUCUACCGAAUGAGCGAGGAAGAGUCAAGUGUGCUUCGGGCACAACUCGACGACCUUCUGGAGAAAGGCUGGAUUCGGCCUAGCUCAUUGCCAUACGGUGCUCCUGUUCUCUUCGUCCGGAAGAAGAACAAGGAUUUGCGGUUGUGCAUCGAUUAUCGCAAGCUCAACGCACAGACGAUCAGAAACGCCGGCCCUCUCCCACGCAUCGACGAUCUUCUUGAGCGACUGGGCGGCGCCAAGUUCUUCUCCAAGCUCGAUCUCAAGUCGGGAUAUCACCAACUCGAGAUUCGCAAGGAGGACCGUUACAAAACCGCGUUUAAGAUGCGAUAUGGGCAUUUCGAAUGGCUGGUCAUGCCAUUUGGCCUUACGAAUGCCCCGGCCACUUUCCAAGCGGCUAUGACAACGGAGUUCCGACACAUGCUGUAUCGAUACGUACUUAUCUAUCUCAACGACAUCCUGGUGUACAGCCGGAGUUUGGAGGAGCAUGUGGAACACCUGCGCACCGUUUUGGAACGGCUACGACAGGCCAAGUACAAAGCAAACCGCGACAAGUGCGAGUUCGCACGGCAGGAGCUGGAGUACUUGGGACAUUAUGUGACGCCGCAAGGCAUCCGUCCGCUCGCGGACAAGAUCGAGGCCCUACGAGUAUGGCCCGAGCCCACCAACACCACGGACGUUCGUUCAUUCAUGGGAUUGGCGGGCUACUAUCAGCGAUUCAUCACCGGAUACUCCAGGAUUGCUGCACCUAUGACGAGGUUACAGUCGCCAAAGGUACCAUUCGUAUGCGAUGACGACGCACGCCGGUCAUUCCAAGCACUUAAGACGGCUAUGCUCAUGGCACCCGUCCUUAACAUCUAUGACCCCACCUUGCCGACGAGAGUGACUACGGACGCUUCCAGCUAUGGCAUUGGGGCAGUCUUGGAACAGCACGACGGCGACGACUGGCACCCUGUGGAGUAUUUCAGCCACAAUUUGCCUCCCAUCAACUCGCUUGAUGAUGCAAGGAAGAAGGAGCUACUCGCGUUCGUCAUGGCUCUCAAGCGAUGGCGGCACUUCCUCCUUGGGCGUCGUAGGUUCACAUGGGUCACAGACAACAAUCCAUUGACCUACUACAAGACGCAGGAUACGGUGAGCAGCACGAUCGGACGAUGGAUGUACUUCAUCGACCAGUUUGACUUCACACCGAAACAUCUACCCGGCCUCUCAAAUCGUGAAGCAGAUGCACUCUCGCGAAGACCAGAUCUUUGCGCUAUGACACAUCAUGCCUUCGCAUUCGACGAGGAGCUUCAGCGACACUUCAUCCGGGCAUAUGAGUCUGAUCCGGACUUCGCCACGCUGUACGCACAACUAUCUUCGGAUCACCCGCCGGCCAGCCACUAUCGCAUUGCUGACGGAUACUUGCUCCUCCACUCGAGAGGCAAGGACUUAUUGUGUGUCCCACGCGACCGUCGUCUUUAGACUCGCCUCCUCGGCGAGUAUCAUGAUUCACGACUCGCCGGCCAUUUCGGAGUCAAC